GGGCUUUUGAUAGUCAAUUUACAAAUAUAGCCCUCAUUGAGCUAUAACUAAGGUAACAGCUGUCAACAAGUGUGAUAAUUUCUAGAAAAAAUGCUUUAGUUUUGCUCCACGGGUCAACUCUUUAAUGCCAGGUGUGGUAGAUAAUUUUUUUUAUCUUUUCUUCAAUUUAUUCAUAUUUAGCUUGAUCUCUCUCUAUCUCUUUCACUUUCUUCCCUUCCCCUUUAUGCGCUGGUCUCCUGUAUUUUUGCUUCGCCAUUGCCGGUCUCACUGCUGACGGUCGGGUUCUCUCCCGCUACAUGCGAUCCGAGUGCAUCAAUUAUAACUACACCUACGAAUCCCUUCUCCCCGUUGGCCGACUCGUUGUUCAACUCGCCGAUAAAGCCCAGUUCCACAUAUGCAAGAGUAAAGGUAUAUAACUAAUGGAUAAGUAUAGUCGUUCUGUGGGUUGGUCAAAGAAACUUGAAGUACAACAAGAGCCACAAAUCGUAAAAAAUAAAAGAUCUUAUAAAGAUUGGAGUGUGGAAGAAAAAGAAAAGAGGAACAAGCGUAGAAGAGAACUGUAUGCAAUAAAAAAGGGAAACAUGGCUGAGAAAAGAGAUGGAAAUAAAACAAAUACAUGUGACAAUUAUGUUAGAAACCAUGGAAUUGUUAUUAGAGAAACAACUGAUUCAGCAUGCCAAGCACAGGGUACUCCUGAUUAUGGAAUUUUUAAUAGUAGAAUAGGGAAGAGUCAACUAUCUAAAUUCAGUACUUUUGAGAUAGGAUCCACUUCAAUGUUAAGUUGUCUGCCAAAUUAUACAGGUAUAAAUAUUUUUUUUGUUAGAGUUGACAAACAAAUAAUGGUUACAUGUAUACUUAUUUGUGUACUUUUGAUCAUAGGUGAAGAUACUGUUACAAGUGUAUGUAACAAUAAUUCUAAUACAAGUUUAGCCUCAAUUAUUAGGAACAGUAACAUUAGAAAAAAAAUUAAUCUACAUGACUUACCUAUGGAAACUCAUCUUUUAACAUUGUCGACAUUGUGCAAAUAUUGUGGUGCAAAAAAGUUUCAAUAUGAAAGUAAAGGAUUUUGUUGUUCUGAUGGAGAAAUUGUGUUAAAAAUUAAUGGGACUCCUAAUAAUUUAUAUGAAUUAUUUACUUCAAAUUCAGAUGAAUCACAAAAUUUUAGAACUUAUGUACGAACAUAUAAUAGUAAUUUUGCAUUCACUUCAUUUGGUGUAAAAUAUGAUAAAGAUUUAUGUAGAAGUAAUAAAGGAAUUUACACUUUUAGAGUCCAGGGUCAGAUUUAUCAUUACAUCAAUCAAUUAGUUCCACCAGAUAACCAUCCUAAAUACCUUCAGUUAUAUUUCUAUGAUACAGAACAUGAAUUAGAAAAUCGAUUCAACUUUUCAGAUAAACUAUCAUUAUCCACCCUAAGCAAAAUAAUUGAUAUACUUAACAUAAAUCCAUACUCCCAGUUUUUUCGAAACCUGAGGUAUGUUUCUAAGUUAGAAAAUCACCAAAUCAAAAUAAGAUCCGAUCCAGGACUUGAUCAAAGAGUAUAUAAUACUCCUUCGGCAUCUCAAGUUGCAGCAGUAUGGGUUGAUGAUGAUCCAUCUGCAGAAUGUAUUACUCGUGAUAUAAAUGUUUUUUGUCAUAAUGGUCAAAUUCAUAAGAUUAACUAUUAUUUUGCCUGUUACGAUCCUUUACAAUACCCUUUAUUGUUCCCUUAUGGGGACAGUGGUUGGCACAAAGGUAUUCAAAAGAUUGCUAAACGAAAUCAAGCCUGUUGUUCUAAUGAGAAACUAAUUGAUUUUAGCCAAAUUCAUUCGCCAUCUGAAUUGUUAAUUUGUGAAGAAAGAGGUAAUUACAUUAGUAAUUAUUAUUUUUUCUUCCCUUUUAUUUUAAUUUUCAGUUAUGGGUUUUAAGUAA